AUGAAGUUCUUCAGCACUAUCCUCACAGUUUCGGCACUUGCAGGUGUCACCUUCGCGGGCCCCCAGCGCGGAGGCUUUGGACGACCACCUCCUCCCACAACUGAGUCGAAGACCGACGACCACCCUGCUACUAGCUCUCCAACACCGGGAUAUUCCUCGUCGAGCCCAGCGUAUUCCACCGGACACAGCUCCACCACCACCACCACCACCACCACCACCACCACCACCACCACCACGACAUCCAAGGUGGUGACCACCACUACCACCGCGCCUCUCGGAACCGUGACCUGUCUCAGCACCGCCGCGGCCACCAACGUGGUCAAUGGCUUCGCCUCUCUGCUGACAGCGUACAGCAACGCGACGGCCGAGUCUCUCCUCGCCUCCGACUUCACCGACACGUCCGACUCGAUCAACUUCCUGGCCGGCAAUCCCUUGGGCAGCACGACGUUUCCCAGUAAGCUGGCAUUCGAGCUGGGCCAGGGCAGCCAACCCGCCAUCGGGUUCCAGGUGCUGAACAUCGACGCGAUCACUUGCAAGGUCAUCGCGUUCCGGUGGGAGGCCAUCCUCGGCUCCAGCAGCCCCGUCAAGGGCAUCAACAUCCUCUACACCGAGAACCCCACUCAGACCGACGACGGCUGGCAGAUCCAGAGCGUCUUCUCCGAGUUCAACUCGGGCACGUGGACCAUCGAAAUUGGCGGAACCUGCGUCCCGCCUUCUCAGGCUGGCGCCUCCCGCUAA